CAGUUGGAGAAAAUUUUUUUUUACACAUUUCUCCGUAUGGUUUAAUUUGCGAGAGAUUCAGACUAAUUAUGGAGAAAAUCAAAGUAUACGUGGAGAAAUAUUAUCACCAGUAGUUGGCUAACAGAUGGCUCGACUCUCCAAUGUAGCACUCAGUCGACAGCAGUAGAGUACCUAAUAGAGUUCUGGAUCAGAGGGUGGUCGAAAAAGGUUAGAUCGGCGAGGGUACAGGGGACUGCAACUCGGUCGGUAAAACAGAGAUGGUAAAGAAAUUUGUCAUUUAAAUUCCCAGUUGUUGAUAAUGCAGAGAUGGUAAAGAAAUUUGUCAUUUGAUGGUGUGAAAUCCUAAUUGUCAUGUGUCGGUAAUACAGAUUUGGAAAAAUUUUCUUAUUUUAACGUGCGAUUUCUCAUGCCUCAUGUCUCAUGUCUUAUGUCCCAUAUAUUAUUUUAUGGUUUGAAUUCCCAAUCUCCAUGUGUCGGUAAUACAGACUUGACCGGAAAAAUCAAAUUUUGUUAUUUUAACAUGCGAUUUAUCGUGUCCCAUCCCCAGCAGAAUCGCCAAGUUUAUGAAAAAUAAUGAUUAUUUUACAAAAAUCGAGAAAGCAGCGAUCGAUGGAUGCUUGGAUCUUCUUUUUUCGGGAGGAAAAUACAACAAAUGUGAGUUCAUUUUCUCAUAAAACGAGAAAAAUUAGAGAAAGUUUGUGAGCUCUUCUUCAAAUGUAAUUAUUAUUAUCUAGACAGAAAAAAUGAUUAUAAUAUAAAACUGAUAAACACCAAGACUAAGCGACUUUCAAAAAAUUGUAAAUUAUUGACAGAUUUGACAAAAGAUGUUUACUAUGCUGUAACAAAAAUUCAAAGUUACUGUGGAAAAAAGUCUGGUGCAAGACUAUCAGUCGAAAUAAAUAAUAAAUAUACUGUUUUCUUACCGAAAAAUAAUGCUGAAUAUUAUUUUUCCUAUUAUAAAAAGGACACUUGACCGCUUUUUAUUCGUAAUAUGAUUGGUCGAAAUUUUUUAUUCGUAAUAUGAUUGGUCGAAAGUUUUUAGCAUUUGUUUAUAACUAAUAUUUUAUCGUUUUCUCUCUCACACUAACACGUUACUACGUGUUAUGUGGUUGCUACGUGUUGUUGUGUGGUUGCUAUGUUUGUUUUUUUUUCAAGCGGUUGGCAGUCAUACUUAUUCACAGUUGUGUCGUUGUCGUUGAAGAGAAGUAAAAUAUUAAUUAAAACAUUGAUCAGAAUAUAUUUAUUUAACUUUUAGUUUAUUACUUAAAUAUUAAUAUCAUUUAAAUAUUAAUAUAUAUUAAUAUAUUGAUUAUUUAAAGAUUUUUUCCAAAACGUUUGGUUGCUACGUGGUUACUACGUCUUAUUAAUCAUAAAAAGUGUGUGAUUUAUCAUCAAAAAAUAUAUUUUAAAUAAUAAAAAUUUAAAUAUUAUAUAAAAAAAAAUUAGUAUGACGUGAUAUUAUAAUAUGAUAUUAUUAAUAUCUAUAAAGUGAAAAUAUUAGAAGUGAAUAAUAGAUAAUAAAAGUUUAUUUAACAAAUAAAAAAAACGUUGUAGAUUGUGUGUGUUGGUGUGUGUGAUACUUGACAUUUUUGUGGGUCGUUUACAUAGACCAUACCUGUAAAUGUGACAUAAGUUAUCACAAAUUUUAACGGCAAUCGACAUGCAUUGGCCAAUUUUGUAAAUAUUAAUCCUAUUAUAAAUAAUAAAACAGAAAAAAAAGUGUCGUAAAUAUAUUCAUUUUUUUUUUUUUUUUUUUUAAUAAAAUAACUACAUAAUAAAACAACUUUGGUUGCUACGUGGUUACUACGUAUUUUUAUCAUAUAAAAAUGCGUGAUUUAUCAUCAAAAAAUAUAUUUAAAUAAUAUAAAAAAAAAUCAGUAUGACGUAAUAUUAUAAUAUUUAUAAAAUAAAAAUAUUAGAAGUGAAUAAUAGAUAAUAAAAAUUACUAUUUUUUUUUAAAAUGAAAAAACGUGGUAGACUGUGUGUGUAGUGACAUUUUUGUGGGUACGUUUACAAAGACUACGCGUGAAUGCAGCAUAAGCUAUCACAAACUUUCGCUCCUUUCGCUGCAUGUAUCGGUUGAUUUUGGAAAUAUUAAAUCCUAUUAUAAAUGAUAUAAAUGAUGAAAUAGAAAAAAUAAAUGUCGUAAAUAUAUUCUUUUUUUUUUUUUUUUUCAAUAAAAAAAAUUAGAAUUUGGUUGCUACGUGGUUACUAUGUAUAAUAAAAUAAAUAAAUAAAAGUGUGUGUGUCUCAAUAUUUUUUUUUAUAUAAUAAUAAUAAAAGUGAAUCAGUGUACGAAUUUUUUAAUCGUUUAUUUAAUGAAUUAUAAAUUAAUUAAAAAUACUGAUGAUUUCGUGGUUUAUCUUUAAAAUAUUUAAUAAAAAUAUACUUUUUGGAAAUUCUUGGAGGUAAUUUAUCAACAUCUAACCCAAAAUUCCGUAAUCCAAAAGACAAUAUUCAUAUUUUAGAAUUUAAUUAUCAAGAUUCAAGUAAGAUGAUUACACAUGGUCUUUUUGUUCAACCAGAAAUAACGCAUAUUGAUUAUCAAAAUGUUGAACUGGAAAAUUUGUUAAAAACAAAAAUUGAAUAUAUUGAAGUUAAAGCUUAUUUAAAAUCAAUGUUAUUAAUGGAAGAAGGAGAGAAGUCUCAUGGCUUAGGAAAAAUUGUUGAUCACAAAGAAAACUACGUGUUGGUUAAAAUUGUCAAUUAUCCAAAAGAAGAUGAACGUUUAAAAAUUGGUGUUGCUGUUAAAAUGCGUGGAGUCAUUUACGAUGAUCAAAUACCAAUUUUUCAGGUAAAAGAUAUGGACGACGUGGAUGUGUUAGAAGAAAAAACGUUGCCAAUUUCACAAGUCAGAAAAAGUUUUCAACGUUUAUCUGCUGUUGUUAAACGUCAAAAAAUUGAUAAUGAAAAUGAUGAUAUUUAAAUUAAUAAUAUAUUUGUACUCAAUUAAUUACAUAUAAUAAAUUAUUGAAAAAAAUUCGAGAUAAUUGAUAAUCAAAAUAUUGAUUAUUGAUAAUUAAAAAAAUAUGUAAAUAUAUAUAUAUUAUUUAUAAAUAUCAAUUAUAUAUACUCUAUGUAUUGAAAUAAAAUAAAAAUAUAGAAAUAAAAAUUAUUAUUCUUUGUAUUGAAUAAAAUGACAUUUAAAUAAUAAAGUCUGCUAAAAUUAGUCUACCAUUAUGUUUUCUUUGAGAUUCUUCAAAUUAUUUUUUGGUAAAAAAUAUAAUAAAUAAUUUUUUUAACC